AUGCUGUCUAAUCUGCUGCUGGUCCUGGCCUCGUCGGCAGCUCUGGUGAGCAGCCAGUCUACCGAGACCAUUGACCCUAACUCGGUGGACAUCAACACUCGUAGAUACUGGUGCAACGCCCAGAUAUCCGCCUGUCCUCUGCUCUGCCUGCAAAUCGCGUCCGGUACCCCAGAGAGCAACAACUGUACCGCGGAAACUCUCUCAUAUAGCUGUGUCUGCAGCAACGGCGUCACCCCCAAUGCCUCAGAGUACUCCCAGACCCUGCCGUACUUCAUCUGCACCGAAGCCAACAACCAAUGUGUCAAUGCCUGCACUACUUCCGCCUGUCAGUCUGAUUGCCGCACUGCCCACCCCUGUGGUGCUCAAAACCCGUCUCGUGUGAACGUUACUACUACCGCUUCCUCGUCCGUGGCUGCCACAAGCACCUCUGCUAGCGUUAUUCAGACUGGCGGUGCUACCGGUGCUGCUCCUCGUGGUCACUCUGUGGAGAUGGGCCAGGUUUAUGGCAUGUGUGUGCUUGUUGGCGGUAUCGUUGCUGGCUUUGCGGCGUUGCUGUAA